AUGUCUGGACGUUAUCUUCGGAAAUCCCGAUAUAAUGUUUCUAUGGCUCGUGAAGUAAUGGUAUCAUUGAUGGCAUGGAGCUUUAUAGCCAGCAGUUUUUUGAGCUCGCCGACGAAACUCCUAUCACAGUUUUCUUCUAGGGUCUUGACCUUCUACUCCCACUCAUUCCGCGAUCUCAAGAAUGAUGUUGUAUCACAAAUAUCAUCGAGACUCGGUGUUUCCGAGAUGAUAGGGGGCACGUUAGCUCGAAAACAUGAUGCACCAUCACCUAGCCAAGUACAAAUAGUUCAUUUCCGCUAG